AUGGCAGCUCCUGUCUUGGUUUUGAGUCAAGGUGCUAAAAGGGAAACCGGUAGAAAAGCACAAGCUGGUAAUAUUAGGGCUGCUAAAGCUGUUGCAGACGUUAUUCGAACAUGCUUAGGGCCAAGAUCAAUGUUAAAGAUGUUGAUGGAUCCAAUGGGUGGAAUUGUUAUGACAAAUGACGGAAAUGCUAUACUUCGCGAGAUGCAUGUACAACAUCCUGCAGCCAAGUCGAUGAUCGAGAUUAGCAGAACACAGGACGAAGAAGUAGGCGAUGGUACAACUUCAGUAAUUGUAUUAACUGGAGAGUUAUUAGCCGUAGCUGAGCCCUUUCUAGAACAGAAAAUACACCCUACUGUAAUAAUUAAUGCUUUUCGUCGGGCUCUUGAUGAUAUUAUCAAACUAACUAAGGAAAAAUUCAGUGUCACUGUUGAUACAUCUAAAGAUGCGGAACUAACUAAAAUCGUUAGUAGCUCCCUGGGGACUAAAUUUAUUAAAAAAUGGUCAGGUUUAGCCUGUAAGAUUGCAAUUGAUGCUGUUCGUACAGUAUUUUUAGAAGAGAAUGGACGAAAAGAAAUUGAUAUCAAAAGAUAUGCAAAAGUUGAAAAGGUCCCAGGUGGAACUAUGGAAGAAUCAUGUGUUCUUAACGGGAUUAUGAUCAAUAAAGAUAUAACUCACCCAAAGAUGAGAAGGAGGAUAGAAAAUCCCAGAAUUCUUUUAUUAGAUUGUAACUUGGAAUAUAAGAAAGGGGAAAGUCAAACAAGCUUAGAAAUUACAAAGGAAGAAGACUUUAGUCGUAUAUUGGAGCUGGAAGAAAAUUACAUCAAGCAAAUCUGUGAUGACAUUAUUGCUUUGAAACCAGAUUUGGUUAUCACUGAAAAAGGAGUUUCAGAUCUCGCUCAGCAUUAUUUGGUAAAAAAUAAUAUAACCGCUAUUCGACGCGUUCGAAAGACGGAUAACAACAGAAUCGCUAGGGCUUGUGGAGCGACUGUAUGUCAUCGAACAGAUGAAUUACAAGAUCAAGAUAUUGGUACCGAAGCUGGGCUCUUCGAGAUCAGGAAAAUUGGAGACGAGUAUUUCACCUUUAUCGUUGAGUGCAAGGAUCCAAAGGCUUGUACUAUUCUUUUACGUGGUGCUAGUAAGGAUAUAUUAAUGGAAGUUGAGAGAAAUUUGCAGGAUGCUAUGUGUGUCGCACGGAAUAUUAUCAUUGACCCUAAACUUGUUCCUGGUGGUGGAGCAAUUGAAAUGGCACUCUCACAGGCAUUAGAUCAGAAAGCGAGAUCUGUUCCUGGAAUUCAGCAGUGGCCUUAUCAAGCUGUUGCACGUGCCUUAGAAAUAAUCCCAAAGACUCUUGUCCAGAAUUGUGGUGGCAAUUCAAUUAGAACUUUAACUGCUUUAAGGGCAAAACAUGCUGCAGAUUCUAAUACUUGGGGUGUUGAUGGAGAAAGUGGAAAAAUAGUUGAUAUGAAUGAAUUUGAUGUUUGGGAUCCUGUAUCUGUUAAGCUACAGACUUACAAAAGUUCAAUUGAGACUGCAAUCCUACUAUUACGGAUUGACGAUAUCGUUUCAGGCAUGAAGAAAAAAGAUGAAAAAGCUCCGGGUAAACGCGAAGAUUAG